AUGAGCUUUAACAUCUACCCCUCAGAAGAGGUUUUUAAACGGAAGCUGGAGAAGAGCAUAAAAAAGUUGCAUGAAUGUGCAGACAAUGUUGACAAGGUGCACAGGGACUGUACCAUCUCCAAUGUGGUAGCCAGUUCCACCAGCAUUGCAUCUGGCAUCCUGACCCUCCUUGGCCUGGUUCUGGCACCCUUUACAGCGGGCAUCAGUCUGGGACUCUCAGCCACUGGAUUAGGGCUGGGAGCAGCAGCUGCUGCGACAGGUGUGUCCACCAGCAUUGUGGAACUCGUGAACACGUCAUCAGUAGAAGCCCAACUUGAUUUCCACAGCAUAGCCCAGAAGAUUUCCAGUGGGAAAAGCCUCUACAAAGCGAAAGAUUUUAGGAAGCAUAUCCGUGCCAUCAGGAUGGCCAAAAGCAGCCCUCAGUUAGAAGCUGGGCGAGUCUCUGGCCAAAGCACCCAGCCAGUGAGAGCAGCUUUUGGAGGCACGGCUCUUGCAAUGACCAGAAGAGCCCGCAUUUGUGGUGGAGUCUCUGCAGGUUUGUUCCUCCCAUUCGACAUAUGGUCCCUGGUGAAAGAUUCACAGGACUUGCAGGGUAGGGCAAAGACAGAGUCUGCUGAGAGACUGAGGGAACAGGCCCAGAAACUGGAGAUGAAUUUGGAGGUGCUCACCCAGAUCUAUGAGCGUCUGAAGUAG